AAUUCAACUUUGAACUUUUGACACACGAUUGUGAAGUUUUAAAAAUAUAAAAUUUAUUUACUCUAGUUAUGUAAUACUAUCAAGUCAUAAAUAUACUGAGCUAAAAUGGGAACGCAGGCUAACAUCAAACUGGAGUUUACUGACGAUGGAAUUGCGAUACUACGAAUGUUGAAUGGAGAAAAUCGACUGAAUAAUUCGUUUCUUCAUGAAUUUAACAAGGCUUUGGAUCUUGUGCUGGAGAAUAAAGAUUGUAAGGCCCUUAUUACAACUUCAGAAGGGAAAAUUUACAGUAAUGGCCUAGAUUUGAAAUGGUUGGCACCAUUAACAGACAAAAAGAGGGAUCAGUUCAGGGCAUACCUAGCAGAUUCCAUAUGGAGGGUUAUGCACUUUCCAGUUCCAACUGUAGCAGCAUUAAAUGGUCAUACAUUUGCUGGUGGUGCCAUUCUUGCAAUGGGACAUGAUUACAGAGUGAUGCGGUCAGAUCGAGGAUGGUUAUGUUGGAAUGAAGUUCACAUGAAUUUACCAAUUAAAGACGACGCGAGAGAUGUUAUAAACAACAAAAUUUGGAAUGCUGAUGCCCACCGUGAAGCUAUUGUAUUUGGAAGGAGACUAACGGCCCCAGAGGCUAAAAAGUUAGGCCUUGUUGAUUCAGUUGUAGACAUUGAUCAUCUUCUUCAGGAGGCAAAACGUUUGGCAAAACAUGCUCUUGGGAAUAAUAACAUUGACAGGGAAGCAUUGGCAAUGAUGAAAAGGAAUACUUACACAAGAAAAGUUCAUACCUCAAAAUUGUGACACGCUUGCAAUGACUUUAGCCAAACAUAUGCAUUACUUAGGUUUAAAUGUUACUGUUCAGUUGUAUUCAAAAUAAAUUGAUAUCUGGUGUUUUA